AUGGCGGCGCCUGCAGCGAGCAAACUGCCGAAGAAGAUGGAAGUGCACGUUGGUGCGGUAGAGCCGGUCAAAAGCGUGGAUGCAGAGCAACCGAGCGUUAUCUUCCCUCGAGCUCACACAACGGCUACUACCACGGAGGUGAUCUUGCCCUUCGCACCGCCAGAAAACCAGAGCUUUGCGAAGCCACUGCCUCCACUGCCGAAUGAGGUAGCCGAGCAGCUUAACCUUACUGGUUGGGCCGGCCAUGUCGAAGUUGUGACCAGUGCCGACGGGCGAACGGAGAUCAAGAUUGACAAGGCUCCGAGCACAACUGCCAAGAAGGAGGAGGACGCUGAAGUUGCGACCUCGACCACUACAGACGCCCCGACUUCGACCACCACAGACUCCACAACAACCUUUGUCAUGGUGCCUGUCCAGCCGCAUGCGCCGCUGACGGACGAAGGGUGGGAGGAGAAGCCUGGUGACUCCCCCGAGGAGGCCCUCGUGAAACAGGUCAUUCACGAAGUGACGCCGAAGGAUAUUCCUUCCGUGGUUCAACAUGUCGUGGCCACAGUGCUCAACCGUUCAACGCACGAUGCGCUUCCCCGGGCAGCCGGCGAGGCAACCGUCCGGCUAGUCGUGGAGACGCCCUUGAAGGACUUGCCAGAGGCAGUCGUAGAGGCCAUCGGCGAGGUGUUGGACAGAGCCGACCCGCAGGUCCCGGACGCAGGCGACAAGGCUCUCGAUGUCCUACGUCAGAUCCUGCGAUCUUACCGGCCGGAUCCGGUGCAUAGCGUCUCGCAAGUGGUCGACGACAGUUUGCAGGAGGCGGCCACCACCACAAAGGCUCCUUCAGUCGAAAAGGUCGAUGUGGACGACAGUCCGGAGGACGUGCUCAAGAUCAUCGAGGACGUGGCAGAGAAGUUGGCCGGGAAGAAGCUCCCGGAUGCAGUUGCUGCAGGCGGGGUAGCGUCGAACAAGAGCCAAGAGCCUGAGGAAGAGGAGGAUGAAUCUGAGCCGAAUCCGAAGCUGGAGAUGCAGGAGCAGAUCAACCACACCCAGGCCAUUGAAGACGACGAUAUCCGGAUCCGGGACGACGACCCCGCCGACGAUACGGAGUCUUCCGAGAGCACCGAGGAUGCAAAACAGACAGCGCAGGUUGACGGGGACACGCAUGAUUCCAGCGCGGAUGACGACGAGGCCACCACGACCGAGGUCCUGGAGAGCGACCUCGUGAAUGUGACUUCGGAGGCCGAUGAAGAGCCCAAGAAAAUGGGGAGCGAUGAGACGUCUCCGUCAGAGGACGGCGGAGCAGUUCAUACAGCAGCAGAGACGAUGAAA